AUGUCUAAUGAAACCAAAGAUCUUAACAACUAUCACCACACUUCAUCGUAUAGUCAUUACAACAACAUCGACAGCCAAAACAUGAUGAGUCUCCCUUACAUUUCUGGUCCAUGCACUUAUAAUGCAAACAUGAUCUCAUCACAAAUAGGUUCUGAUCUACACUCGAGUUCUCAAGGAGCGUUCGGAUUUGGUUUCAAGCCCUCGCCAUCUUCUAGCGAAUUUUUUAAUCCUUCGAUCGAUCAAGAUUAUAAUUAUAAUUAUAAUACUAGUCACAAGAGUCAUGCAGUUGUCGGUGGUGGUGGUGGUGCAAUCAUUGAGAAUGAAACUAGGGUUUCGGCAUCUCCUUCUUCGAGUGAGGCCGAUCAUCAUGGCAAGAGCCGGAUGAAAAGAGAAGCUGACGAUGGAGGAGAUGAACAACGUUCUCAAAAAGUAGCUAAAACAAAGAAGAAUCAAGAGAAGAAGAUAAGAGAGCCACGAGUCUCGUUUAUGACUAAGACCGAAGUUGAUCAUCUCGAAGACGGCUAUCGUUGGAGGAAGUACGGCCAAAAGGCAGUCAAAAACAGUCCCUAUCCGAGGAGUUACUAUAGAUGUACAACGCAGAAGUGCAACGUGAAGAAGAGAGUUGAGAGAUCUUACCAAGAUCCAACGGUCGUGAUCACAACCUACGAAAGUCAACACAACCACCCGAUCCCGACUACUCGCCGCAUGGCAAUGUUUUCCGGACCGGCCGCAUCUGAUUAUAAAUCAUCGUCUCUAUCUCCAUUUUCCAGUUUCAUCAACACUCCAACAAGCUUCGCACAUGAUGAUCUCUUUCGUGUGCCAUACUCAAGCGUGAAUGCAAACCCCUAUUAUCAGCAGCAACAAAACCACGAGUUUCAGAAUGAUAGUGACUAUGAGCUUUUGAAGGAGAUGUUUCCUUCGGUUUUCUUCAAACAAGAAUCUUGAUGAUAUUUUAUUUUGGGUGCAAAUGUUAAAACCUUGAUGAUAUAGUAACACUAUUUAUACUAUAAAUAAGUGGUAGAGUUUUAUUAAACAUGCAUGUAUAUUUUC